AUGCAGUCCACAUCCCAGCCAGCCGUGAAAAAAGGCGCGCCCGCGAAGGCGCAGCCUUGGUUGCCGGAAGAAGCAGCGCAGCCCUCGACACCAUGCGGCACUGAGUACAGCAGCACGCAGCCGCCGACUACCAGCCACUUCGGAUCCUAUGACCCGCUCCUCGACUUGCAUCAGAAUGAAAUCAUUCGUCUAUGCCAAGUGUACGAAGGCGAGAUUGGAGAGAUUGAUCCGGAGCUACCAAUUCCAAACGAGCAUCCGUUUGUCCGGACAAUGAUAGCGUACACUCAUCUUGGCGCCAACAGUCGGGCGGCGUCUCUGAGUGGAUGUGGUUCGGAUCAAGAGAUCCAAUUGGCAGAUAUCGAUCGUCUCGACCGCGACGCUUUAGAAUGGUACCAGGAUGUGGACAGAAAGCUGCAUAACACCGACCCGGGCGGGCAACACGAACUCGUGCAAACGCCGUGGUAUACACCACAACACCUGAGAAUGUGGAUGUUCUUGAGCCUUUCCCAGCUUCGUAUAUGGGUGUACUCUGCAGUCCUGCGGAGCCCAACAAGCAUCAUGCAAAACCCAGAGCGGGCAUCAAUCGUUGUUUCGAUUGCCAAACAGACCAUCAAACAGUUAUCUCGACUCAAUAACGCUGCAGACUCGCAGCGCAGGGCGGCGCUGUUUCUGAGCGAGUUCCUCACCUCUUCGAUAGCCGUUCUGUUCCUAGCGUCUGUGCACAACCCGGCGGUGUACAGUGCAAUCUGUCGGGACGACUUCUACACUGCUCUUAACUUGGCUGGGGGUUUGCCCGACGACAGCUGGGCAUCGAAGCGCCUUUGGCGCACAAUUAAAUCUCUAGAAGAGGGUGCAUUAAAUUUGACUUGA